GACCUCCUCUGGUUGGCUGAUUGUGCUGCAGACGUAGCAGGGCUUCCCGUUUUGUAACAAUCAAACGUGUGUGUUACCAAACACGGAUUCUGCAGUAAAUAGCAGCAGAGUUGUAACUGAGAGGUGCAGUUAAGGCUCCCCGACAUGGCUCAUACAUGUAUUCACUGGUUCCGCAAGGGACUCAGGCUGCAUGACAACCCAGCACUGAUGGCCGCUCUGAGAGACUGUAAGGAGCUAUACCCUGUGUUCAUCCUGGACCCUUACCUACAUACCAAUACCCAUGUGGGCAUCAACCGCUGGAGGUUCCUCAUUGGAGCCCUGAAAGACCUGGACUGCAGCCUUAGGAAGCUCAACUCCAGGCUGUUCGUUGUGAGAGGCAAACCAGAGGAUGUUUUCCCUAAGCUGUUCAACAAGUGGAAAGUAACAAAGCUGACCUAUGAGUACGACACAGAGCCCUACAGUCUGAGCCGGGACAAAAAAGUGAUGGAACUGGCCAAAGAACACGAAGUUGAAGUUAUCUACAAAAUCUCACACACUCUUUACAAUAUAGACAGGAUAAUUGAGGAAAACAAUGGGAAGGCUCCCCUUACUUACAACCGUAUGCAGGCAAUAGUGAAAACUCUUGGACGCCCUAAGAAACCAAUCCCUGCUCCAACCAUGGAAGACAUAAAAGAUGUGAAGACCCCUUGUUCAGAAAACCAUGAGAAGAAGUAUGGGAUCCCUGCACUGGAGGAGCUCAGCCAGGACACUGCAGAUCUUGCAGAGGAGCUGUUCCCAGGGGGAGAACAGGAGGCUCUGAGGAGACUAGAUGAACAUAUGAAACGAACGGGAUGGGUGUGUAACUUUGAGAAGCCCAAGACAUCUCCAAACUCUUUAAGCCCCAGCACCACUGUUCUCAGUCCAUAUGUCACCUUUGGGUGCUUGUCUGCACGCACCUUCUGGUGGAAGCUGACAGAGGUCUAUCAGGGGAAGAAGCACUCAGAUCCUCCAGUUUCCCUGCAUGGCCAGUUACUGUGGAGAGAGUUCUUCUACAUGGCUAGUGUGGGCAUCCCAAACUUUAACAAGAUGGAGGGAAACCCUGUGUGUACUCAAGUGGACUGGGACGCGAACACCGAAUAUCUGGCUGCAUGGAGAGAGGCUCGGACUGGUUUCCCCUUCAUUGAUGCCAUCAUGACUCAGCUGAGACAGGAGGGCUGGAUCCACCACCUAGCCAGACAUGCUGUCGCCUGUUUCCUCACCAGGGGAGACCUAUGGGUCAACUGGGAGGAAGGGCAGAAGGUGUUUGAGGAGCUUUUGUUGGAUGGCGACUGGGCUCUGAAUGCUGGGAACUGGCAGUGGCUCUCAGCGAGUGCCUUCUUCCACCAGUUCUUCAGAGUCUACUCCCCUGUCGCCUUUGGCAAGAAGACAGACAAAAAUGGAGACUACAUCAAGAAGUACCUUCCUCUUCUGAAGAAGUUCCCAGUUGAGUACAUCUAUGAGCCUUGGAAAGCUCCUCGCAACAUCCAGCAGGCAGCAGGAUGUAUUGUGGGUAAAGACUACCCACAUCCUAUUGUACAGCAUGAGGUGAUCAGCAAGAAGAACAUCCAGAGGAUGAAGUUAGCUUAUGCCAAGAGAUCCUCAGACCACACUGAAUCACCCAGCAAAAAGCAAGGUGCAAAGCGCAAGGCUCCAUCUGUUGUCGACAUGCUGACGAAGAAAGAAAGAAGAAAGUAAUCAUCUACAAAUAAAUUCCAAGUAAUAGAGAUAACGAAUCUUUAUUACAAAUAACUGAAUACUCAGGCUACUUGGUUUCUUCCUGUGCUAAAGCUCUGUCUGGACUGGAAGCUAAAGUCGUUGAUCAGAGACUUUUAAUUUUUUAACAGGCUGUCAACUAUAUCUUAUUUUUUAUUGCACCCUUCUUUGGUUUCUAUUUUAGAUUUUGAACAUGGUUUUUGUCUUUACUUUUUAUAUUGUAUCUAUUUCAGUGUAAAUGCUGUUUAUUGAGUUAGAUUAGGUCAGGUUAGAGGUUUUUGCAGGCUACAGUUUGUAUCAAGUGUGUCUGGUUUAUAAAUAAGAAUUUUUAUUGUUAUGUAGUGAAAUGUAUGUUAAAUUCCAAUAAAAUUGAUAAAAAAAUAUGA